UAUGAAGUGUUACACUUGUUAUUUGAUUCCCUUUCCCUUACUCUUUUCCAACCUUUGACUCAUCCAAACAACCUUACUAUAAAAGAUAUAUAAAACCUAGACACACACACAAACAUAUAUACCACAUACACAAAUAGAAAAGCCUUUGAGAUUUAUAGUAGUACUUCUGUUCUUUGUUUCUUGCUACACUCAACGAUAUGAUAUUUUAUUGGAGAAGAAGAAGAGCUGUUCGUCUUGCCGGUAUGAACAAACUCUCAGACGAUGCCAAUUCCGACGUGGAGAUCACAGUUCCUAGCCAUUUUCAGUGCCCAAUCUCUCUUGAAUUGAUGAAAGAUCCUGUCACUCUGUCCACCGGAAUCACCUAUGACCGAGAAAGCAUCGAAAAAUGGAUCGAAACCGGUCACACGACAUGUCCGGUCACCAAACAAGUGUUGUGGAGUUAUGAUCAAAUCCCAAACCAUGCCAUACGUAAGAUUAUUCAAGAGUGGUGCGUUGAGAACCGGUCUCAUGGCGUCGAACGGAUCCCAACGCCUCGGAUUCCGAUCACCCAAUUGGAGGUUUCGGAGGUGUGUUCGAAGAUCAUGUCUUCAACAAGACACGGGGAUGAGAAAAAGUGUGAAGAAUUGGUGGGAAAGAUUGAGAAAUGGGCAAAAGAGAGCGAAAAAAACAAGAGAUGUGUAAUUGAGAAUGGCACUGGCUUUGUGUUGUCUUCUUCGUUCGAGUCAUUCGCGAGUGUUUCGAUAGAGAAACAUGAAUGUUUGUUGAAGAUGAUCUUGUCAACACUGACAUGGAUGUUCCCACUUGGUGUAGAGGGCCAAUCCAAGCUAGGUUCAACCACUUCUUUACGUUGCAUGGCAUGGUUUUUGAAAGGGGAAGAUAAAUCUUCAAGGCAAAACGCAGUUUUAGCCCUAGAAAAGCUACUUUCAUUGGAUCAACAACAUGUUAACGCGCUCGCGGAAAUUGAAGGCGUUGCAGAAGCAUUAUUCAAGAUAAUUAUGGUACCCAUCCGCCCCAAAGCCACCAAAGCUUCUCUAAUGGUGAUUUAUCACUUGAUUUCUCCGUCCGCGACGAGUGAGAAUAUGACAAUUAUUAGGAGGUUUGUGGAGAUGGGGUUGGUUGAAUUGAUAUUAGAAGUUGUUGUGGAUGCUGAAAGAGGCAUAUGUGAGAGGGCUCUAGGUGUUUUGGAGUGUAUGUGUGUGUGUGAUGAAGGGAGAGAAGUGGCUUUAAACCAUGCACUAACUACGCCUGUGUUGGUGAAGAAGAUUUUGAGAGUAUCGGAGACGGCGACGGAGUUUUCGGUUUCGGUUCUUUGGAAGCUUUGCAGGGAUGAAAAUGGAGGUGUUGUGGUUGAGGCAGUUCAAUUGGGUUGUUUUCAGAAGCUGUUGGUUGUUUUGCAGGUGGGUUGUGGUGAGAGAACAAAGGAAAGGGUUACUGAGUUGUUGAAACUGUUGAAUCGCUAUAAAGAUAGGUUUGAUUGUGUUGAUUCAUCAAAUAAUUUGAAAUAUCUCAAGAGAUCAUACUGAUUUUUGAUAAAUUAUUGGAAGUUGUUAUUUUCCAAGUGAAGAUAUUAUUUACUAUAACAUACAGUGUUUGAAAUGUGGAAAUAGCCUAUGCUAUGCUUAAUUAGGUUAUAUUUUAUAAUUGAGUCAAAAAAAGAUGUACAAGGAUAUAAAGUACUAAAGAUAUGAUUCAAUAUUAUGGAGUCGGGAAAUUCUGGUUCAUUUGUUGACAAGUUCAAUUUAAUUUAUAUGUAUUAGCUUUUUGAA